GACAGAGGCGGCGGCGGCGGCGGCAGACAUCUCCAGAGGACGACUGUCCCCGCAGUUUCAAAUCCCCUCUUUUAUGUCCCAGACUGUAUCGUAAGAGCGGACGGCGUCGAAGUUAAACGAGCAAACUUCUUCCGCAUGCUGCCCGCAGCCUCAGACUGCUCGAAUGAGCGACGAGAGCAUCUCUGCAUCUUCCGCCGAGUCAUAUGUGGCCUGCACAGCACGCGAGGUCGACGGAACGGGCCCGCAGGGUCUCCCAGACGAUAAGAGCUUAGCAGACAAACACAUGGCCCGGCCACGAGCGCUUCUCGGUGUGAUACCCAGGCAUUCGCGCAGCUUGCGGCCGAGAUGUAUCAUUGAUCGCGAGUACCUUCUGACGAUAUCAGCGGGGGACGAGACCAGGCAGGAAGGGUUUUGCAGCGAGGAAGACGGCUCGGACACGAGAAUCGUGGGUGCAAUGACCAGUUGAGAUGCCGCCGCAGGUCCGAAACGGCAAGCUGAGAUGCAGAAGUGCUGGGACGUGUGCAUGCCUGAUAAGCCAUCUCCGUCGACCGCUUGAACCCAUGGAUUCCUUGUGCGAAGGACGGGGGUCAAUCACGAGCAUUAUGUAUUAUGUCAUGGACUGGUCGUCAGCUCAAUCAGAUCCAGGCGUUGGGACGCGUAGACAAGCACGGUCAAAUACACACCACCUGCGCCGACGCGAGCAGCAUGAACGCGUCCCAAAACCCCUUGUCGUCGCUCGCACUGCCCCCGUCCACGCUGUCCGCCCUCCUUCGCGCCGGAUACGAGACGACGCACGAUCUCGACGCGUCCAACGCCGAGACGCUAGCCCACGACCUCUCGAUACCCCUGCCGUCCUCGCAGGCCCUGCUCUCGCUCUCGCAGCGCAAGAACGCGACGGCGGAUCUGCGGCGCCCGCCCCUGUCGCUGUCGCAGCCCGCGUCCGGCCUGGUGGGCCCGCCCGCCGCGCGGAUACGCACGGGGUGCGAGCCGCUUGACGGGCUCCUAGGAGGGGGCAUCGGCCGGGGACGCGUCGUCGAGAUGUCUGCGGCGCCGGGGAUACCCACGGACGCGAUCGCGCUGGGGCUGGUCCGGUCGUUCCUCGGCGCGGAAGCUGAGGGCGGGGGCGCGGAAGACGUCAUGGUUGUGGACGCGCAGAACGGGGUCACGGUCAGUGCUCUGAGGAACGCGCUUCCGGGGACGAUGCACCGGCGGGUAUCGCACGUCGCCAUCAACACCCUGCCGCGGUUCGUGGCGUUCAUCGUCAGCCUGCCGUCGGUUCUCAGGACGAAACCCAAGAUCCGACUCGUCGUCUUCUCGUCCCUCCACACCGCGCUGCUCCCACGAACCUCGCUGAAGCCGACGAGCCAGCUCAAAACAACUGUGUACGAACACCUGAAGCAGAUGCUCCUGAGGCUCACGGCCAGCGGCGUCACGGUUUUCAUCACGGCGGCGACGUCGACGAAGAUGCUCGAUGCGGACAAGUCGCCUGCGACGUUCAGCGCGUCCGCGCGCGCCGUGAUGGUCCCGAUACUCCCUGCGACGUAUCUCCCCAGCGCGUACGCCACCCGCGUCCUAGCGGGGUGGACCGGCGCGGGGACAUGUGUCUUGCGGGUGAUUCCGCCCCCUGGGUCCGGUGACGAUGCACCUGUGAAGGAGGAGAUGAUGGAGAUACCCUAUCGACAGACACGGGAAUUGUGAUUGUUGAACCGCAAAGCCUCGGAUCGCCCUAUUGGUUUUUAUGACCAUCUGCAUGCACAUGGUUCACCAUGAUCGCUGCGUAUAAAUUCUUUGCGGGUACUACUAUACCUCGGGCGUUACAGUUCGAAUGUUUCGAGUAUACAAAUGGCACACUAUGAUAGAUUUACCGUAACGAAAGGAGUGCAGCGCACCAAAUCAGUGAGUAUUAAUAUGGACAGGUGGUCAGAAACAAAAGUAGCACCCUAGAGACCAGGGC